CGCUUACACUUUUAUUUGAAUUAAUUUAUAUUUACUAAUUUUUAAUAUUUUAAAUUGCAGUGUAAUCUUGACUCACGUAUAAUGACGUCGUUACUAAGAUUUCUAGGAUGGUUAGGUUUGAUAUCGAUCAUAAUGAUUGCCUUACUUGGUUUUGAGUUGUAUCUCGCUUUGCUUACAUUUUUUGUAUCAUUUCUAUUUGGUGCCUUGACAAUUUUGCAUUUGAGUUAUGAUAACAAGAAAGUGUUCUCUGCAGAUAUUGAUUGCUUAGAUGAUCCAUUACAGCAAACAAACUUCUCUAUACAAUCUCCUAAGAUUUUAGAACUGUUUCAGAACGAAAAACCUUUACCUAAAUUUGAUUGUCGUAUAACAGGCAGUGAAACAGUCGAUUCGUUCUUAAACGAAAUUAUAUCAAUUAUAAUUAAUGAUUAUGUCACUCCAUGGUAUGAACUUAUUACGGACGAUCAAGAGUUUACUUCACAUGCAAUAAGAAAACUUGUAGUUGCAGCAGGAGCCAAUGUCUCAAAUCGAGUAAAAAGUGUAGAUUGGAUACACAUGCUGUCUACGAGAUUUCCUGAAGAGUUAACUCUACAUUUAAAGUUAUACAAGCAGUCUAGGGUGCGGUUGAAACAUAUACAAUUGGUGAAUGCCAAAGAGGUCAAUGGUUCGUCAAAACUGAGUCCCAAGAAACAGGAAGAGAAAAAAACCCACAGGAGAAAUAAAAGUGAAACUGAUUUGUCAUGGCCACCGGAUACACAAACAUUUGGAAAAUCGAAAUUCUACAGUAGUUCAGAGAAUAUAAGCAGUAGUAACAUAAGAGAUCUUUUCUUUGAUUUGGAGUGUUCAAUGGAGAAUAAGCAAAUAUGUCGAGAUAUAUUUUGCAGUGAUCCCGAGAAGGAAAAUGCAUUACUCUGUGAAGUGUCAGAAGCGGUAUUAUACCUUAUUGCACCGGAAGAAGCUUGGAAAUGUCAUGCAUUAAAAUUAAUACUUAUAGAUUUAAUAUCAUCAAUUGUUUUGAAGCCAUUGAUUAACUUGUUAAGUGAUCCCGACAAUAUUAAUAGAACUAUUAUAAGAUCUUGCUGUCGUGAUUCCUGUUUGUCUUCGGAAUUGUUUCUUUUGGUUAUAAGAUCCUGCAGCGACGCUGAAGAGUUAGACGCAACACUUGAACUAGUUCAGAAAGAUAUACAGAAAUUGCAUUCUAGAGACAGCGCCGGAGAAUGGGAAUUACAAGAUCGCCAAAAGUUAUCGUCCUUGCAAUACGUGGCUAGAAUUAUUCAAGCCAGAAGAGCUACACUUGGACCUCAAGAAGGCGCUUCAAACAAUAGUAGUACAGAAAAAGUUUCAGAGGAAGUAAUGAGAACAUUAAAGUUUUUGAGGGCUGUAGCUGCUUGGAAAUCGAAUGCACAAUAUUUGCUCGAGAUUGAAUUAAAUGAAGCAGACGCACCCCAAACGUCGAAAGCGGUGAUCGACAACUUAAGAUCGUCAGCCCUAGAACUAUGCGACAUGUACUUAGCACCAAGCCGUGCUGGGGUGAUGGGGGCGAAGAACUGUCACGCUGAGCUGGUGAGGAAGAUCACCACUGAGGGUGAGGAGUUCAGCAACAAUCCGGUGAUAUGCUUCGAUGAGAUUCAGAAGUGUGUGUGUGAUGCCUUGGAGGAUGAUCCAUCGUGGCAAGCCGAUUUUAUGAUGGACAGUGACAGAGAUACGCCAGAUAAAAUUAAUAGUGAAUUCGGACGAGAUAGCAAAGUGGAUAACCAUAAAUAUAGCGAGAAGUGCAAGAGAAUAAUGAAGACAUGUCUCAGCCAGUUGCCAAAAUUAUUUAACAAAACGAAGUAUAAAUAUAAUUAUACAAACAAGUCCUCAACCUUUCCCCGCUCCUUGACCCGAAGAGUUCCGAGUAACAGGAAUCAUACGAUACCCAAAUGUGAUGUAGUUUUACCGGUUUCGGGAGCGAGGCAUAACCGAUCAAGAUCUGAUAUUGUUGGUAGUUUUGCUCAGAAAAUCGUACACGAAAGUGCAGGUCCAUCAAAUCUAAAAUCGGCUAACAAAAGCAACUUAUCUCUAUCCCACUCAGCUAUUAGCCAAAGUGCAAAGAAUAUGAUGUCGCCACUAUCGGCUUAUAUUAUAGAAACAGCUCUAGUCCAAGAUAAAGGUAGAACGUUUGGAAUAUAUGCGAUUGCGGUAACUAGAGCUUCUGAUAAUGAAGUAUGGCACAUAUACAGGCGAUAUAGCGACUUUUAUGACUUACACGCUUCUAUUAAAGAUAAGUGGCCAGAAUUAGCCACACUACAGUUUCCAGCGAAGAAGACAUUUCAGAAUACAUCGAGAAGUGUACUAGAGAGUCGAAAGCGAGUGCUCAAUAGUUACUUACAAAGUUUAACAAGUAUUUCAAGAGAUCCUAGAUAUAUGGCCCUUCUGUCAUCGCAGUAUUUAGGAGGUUUCCUCAGUCCAGAGAUACAGACAGAGAGACAUGGUAAUUCGAUCGAUGCGCUUCUGGUUAAUUCUAUAAAGGCCGGUAUGAGGACUUUGAAAAGUAUGCCGGAUCAGUUCGCCAACACUGUGGACGGAGUUAUGGACGGUAUAUCAAAAGUUUUUCAAGGGAAGAGUGGUGAAAACUAUGAUAACGUGAAGCCAGCACAUUCCAACGAAGUACAAGAUGAUAGUGAUGAAAGCGUGCCUUUAAGACUAUUGGAGGAAGUUUUGGGUAUUCGGGGCUUAUGGUUGAGACGGCGUCUUCUGGCGCCGUUGAGGACUAUAAUCGCAGACAGAGUUAACAAAAAAGUUUUAGAAUUUGUAUCAUCGUUGACAUCACCGCGGAAUGUAGUACAAUAUUUGAAAACGUUCAAACAGUGGUUGACAAACCGAGAUAAUCCGAGCGCAGUGGCUAGAGAUUCAGCUACAAAGGCCAGGACGAGAGUUGCCGCUAAAGUUGCUUUAUUGUCAGCCGCUUCAGACGAUCUCAGACACAUAGUGGGCACUGAUGCAGCUAGAAGAGGCCUCUUAACUGUCUUUGAUAUGUUCCAAACUCAAGAAAUAAAUAAACGGUUACUCUUUGUGUUACUUGAAGUGACGCUGUGUAAUCUCUUCCCUGACAAUAAUAUCCAGGAGAUGUUCAAGAAACUGUAUUUGAAUUCAACGCGAGUGCCGGUCGUAAAAAACCCGUAA